CACACACGCUUGUGGAAUGUUUAAAAUUGCCAGUUAUCGUAUCGAGCAAGCAAUGACGAUCAAAAUGCUCGAGAAUACCAGUAAGGAGAACGAAAUUAUGAUUUCCAAAGAAAUAAUUUGCGCCGUCGAUAUCCAGCGCAAAGCUAUAAAGUACUCUGAAUUUUUGUUAUCCCGUUUUGAAGGAUCUUUGUGCCUAAUAAUGAUGGCUAAUGUAAUUUCUUUGAGUCUCAAUCUUUUUGCAAUUUUUCGAACUAUGACUCUUGGACUCAAAGAGCAAACCAUAUUUCAUACUGUGAUUGCAUCGGUUAUUCUUAUGUACAUGUUCUUAGCUAACUAUACUGGGCAAGAAAUAAUAGAUCACAAUAAUAAUAUAUAUAUUACAGCGUACAAUGUUCGAUGGUAUGUAGCCCCCAUGCACACACAGAAGCUGAUACUCUUUAUAUUACGAAGAAGUGGCAAAGUUUUUGGUUUGCAGUUUGGCAAUAUAUUUAUGGCAUCCUUAGAGUGUUUCGCCACGUUAUUAAAAGCAUCAAUGUCUUAUUUUACCUUCAUGUAUUCUACGCAGCAAUGAUACCAAAGAAUAUUAUUUAAUAAAAAUAGGUUAUAAGGCAAUAUUCAUAAUUUAAAAAAUAAAAAUGUGUUAAGAUAACUGAAUUUUUAAAGUGAACUUGAAAUAUCAUUUGCACGAGAGGAAGUUAUUAACUACAAGAAAAAAAACGAAAUGUUCUAAAUUAUUGUAUUGUAAAAAUUACAGAAUAUGUAAAGUUGGCAAUGUGUUGUGU